AUGGCGCAUGCCCAAAGGGCAAAUUCUUCAAGUCAGCAACGCUUUAAACUUAAAUUUGAUAAAAAAGAUCUGCACCAGAGUGUACCUGAAUCUCAUUCAGAAAAUGCAGCUGAUGAUGGGAAAAUGCAGGAAAAGAUGGAAACUGAUGAUGAUGAGGGUCAUGUGAUUCAUGCAUCGAACAGUGGACAGAUAUCACGAGAUGAUACCAACAUUAAAACUACCUCAUUCUCUCCACCACAAGGUGCCAUAUCAACUUCAAAUUUAGCAGAAGCUACAAAGGAAAACAAAGAUAUUCUUGGCCCAAAUAAUCCAGGAAUUUCAGGAAAUUUGCAGAUUGAUGCAAAAAACAUUCCAGAAUACCCGGAUAAGAAAAUUACAAUGACUGACUUUGCAGGACAGUGUUCAUAUUAUGCCUCACACCAGAUUUUUCUGAGUCCGCGGGCGUUCUUCAUUCUAGUGCUGAAUAUGGAGAAGAAGUUUGAUGAUCAAGUCGGGGAAGAGGUCUGCUGUCAGGAAGGCUCCAUUUAUGAAAGAUGGACACACAGAGAUUAUCUUGAAUUCUGGAUGAAAUCAAUUCACCAGUACAGCAAUGAUAAUGCCCCUGUUCUGCUCAUUGGUACACAUAGUGAGAAAAAAACAGAAAAGGAGAUUAUGACUUUUUUCCAUGAAAUAUGGGCUACUCUUGAAAUGAAGGACAAGACCUUGUACAAACACCUCCAUGAGGAUAGGCAGUUUGCAGUUGGAUUCCAUGACAAUGAAAGCAUUGAGAACAUUAAGCUCUCUAUCGUUAAAGUUGUGCAAAAUCUAAAUCACUGGGGAGAAAAACUUCCACUCUCAUGGGUCAUGUUUGAAAAAUUCUUCCAGGAAAAGAAAUCCCAGAGGAUAAUGAAAAAAGAAAUGCUGCUGGCUUUCAAUGAUGCCUUGCCAACAGGUAUAAAGCUCGAAACGGUUGAUGACAUUAAUUUUAUGCUGCAGUUUUUCCAUGAUAUCAGAGAAAUUUUAUACUUCAACCAAGAACUUCUUGAUGUUGUAAUCAUUCUUGAUGUGCAGUGGUUUGCAAAUUUAUUUAAAAAUGUAAUAACAGAUAGAAAUCAUGCAGAAAAGGAUUUAUGUAGGUUUGCAUCAGACUGGAAAAAAUUUGAUCAAACUGGAGAAUUAAAUGACACUUUGCUUACAGCUAUCUGGGAAAUGAAGGGAAUAGCUUUCACUGAGCACAAAACAGAUGUCAUGCUAUACAUGGAGAAGCUAGGAUUAUUAGCAAAAUUGGAUGACAAAAAAUGGUAUGUUCCUUGUAUGAACAAAAUGCCAUUUCCUGAAAAUCCCUUCACUUCAUACUCUGCCUCCUCCAUUCUAUGCUACGUGUUUGAUGUUCUUCCUGCUGGUAUUUUCCAUCGUCUUGUAGCUACAUGCUUGCAAAUUCACUGGGAAAUUGUUACAGAGAGAGGGAGACUAUGUAUAUACCAGACAGCAGCUGUUUUCUUGUUUAAGGGUCAAAACAUAUUGCUUGGAAUGACUCCCAGGGAAAUUCAGUUACAGGUGUUUGUUAUUGAAGGGAGAGUUGAGAUAUCAAAAUGCCAGGAAAUUAAGGCAGAAAUUGACCGUAUGCUUAAUGUUCUUUCCAGAACUUUCCAGACUGACUUUCGAUUUACGUUUGGGUUCAAAUGCAAAGCUUCAGGAUUCUGUGAUAGCCAAGGAAGUUCUGUGAUCAACGAAUCAGAAUUUACAAAGGCAAUUUUUCAGUGUCCUUCCUGUCCAAUAGGGAGAAAGCACAUAAUCAACUCAAAGAAUAUCACGAAAUAUUGGGUACAGGUAUAUCAUGAUGAAGUUGAGCCCUUGGAAGUUAAAGGUAUAUCUAAAAGUUCACCGUUAGAGAGUGUUGGACCAAGUGAAUCACAUCCAAAAGAUAAUUUUGCCAAGAUAGUAAAGUUAUUGCAAGUUGGAACUGAUGCAGUAAGAAUCUGCUUCGAUAAAUUCCUCCCUAAAGAGGAUUUAGAGAAGACUCUGAAAGACAAUGAAACAGACAUGAGAAGAGGACCGUUCCGAUUCCAACAACCUCAACUAGAGAUUCUCUUCACUCCUCAAGGUGGAUCCAACACUGGUGUAUCAUCUUUAUCUAUGGACGUUACCAUCAUGUAUAAACUGUUGAGGAAUUUCUCGGACAUUGCUCCCCCUGGGAAUGGAUGGGGAAAAGAACCUAGAAUAGUGGACAUCACAGAGAGUGACGACAUAGAAAGAAUCCGUUUGUAUAGAAAUAAAUACAGUCAUACUUCAGAAAGUAGUACCGUAAUGAGUGAUGGUGUCUUUCACAUAAUCUGGGAUGAUCUUUCUAAGGCCAUUCUAAGACUCAGUGGUGGUGUUUUGAAGAGAAGGAUUAUGGAAAUAUAACUGAGUGGAUAUUAAGAUUUGACAACAUAAACUUGACAACAAUAAUCAUUUCAAUCAGAAAAAAGAUGUUUCAUGAUGGUAUUAAGUCACAUUUAUUGUAAAAAUUGUGCAAUAUUUUAUAGUGCUGAAUAUUUUGACAAACAACAUAUUUAUUUUCCAAUGACAACAUAAUGUGAAAUACCCUUCCUGGAUAAUAGUUUGAGAUUGAAUUUACAAUUUCUUACUAUGAAGUGGUAUUUCAAAUAUUACUUAUCCUAUCCCUGGAUUUUAUUAUCUAUAUCUUUAUUUUUAUUGACAAUAUAUCUAAAGGAUUGGACACAGUUCCAAACACUUAGAUAUUCCUCUCCCAUCAAUCUAUA